CACAUCCACCAUGGUGAAUAUAAUAAAACGAAUGCGCAAGUUGCGCGAGAAGGUAUAUUCCCCGUCCCAAGACCUCCGCCGCGUGACCGAUUCCCCUCGGACUUGAUGUCAAGGGUUGAUUGAGAGCCUACGUUUAAUUUGAGUUGUACGAUUGACGUAUAAAUUAUAGCUGUUAUGGAUACGGGUCGGGCCAGGUGCACUUAUACUACCGAAAGAGGUAUUAAAGAUAGGCAUGGAGUUUAAUACUAAGAUCAAUGGGGGACAUCGGGGAGCUAGGAAAUUCUGGCGCGAAAUGCUCCCGCGAAUUAAAUACCGCAACCCCUCAAUCCCCAUCGAAAUAAUCCGUCACAACGACCCCGCUGGUCCCGCAAAACUCUACAUCUACACUACCUCUCUCGACCCCACCCCCUCCAACCCCCCCAAACCCGAGACGACUCCUCAGCCCACACCCACAGUCGCCUCGACAAUCACAGCUGCAGCCCCCACCUACACAAUUGACAUCCGGAUGAUCCAGGAAUCGCAGAUUCUCACCGCACUGAUUGAAGCGACGGGCGCACGGGUGAUCGAGGCGACGGAGCAGGAGAAGGAGGAGAUUCGGGAUAUGGAAGAAUUUAAGGAGAGAAGCGAGAAGGAUCGACAGGAAGUGAGGGAGAAGUUCUUGGCGGGGAGGAGGGAGGAGGAGUUGCUCAAGUUGGCGAGGGGGGAGGUUGCUUCUGUUGCGUAG